AUGGAUAGUAGCGUAUUGAGGGUUUCUGUUCCUCAAUAUGAGGAAAUUGAGGAAGCGCGUAUUGCAUAUAAAGUUGCUGUACAAUACUCAAGCUUAACAUGGGAAGUAUGGCGUCGCUUCAGCGAAUUCGCUACACUACACGAGCAGCUGCUUGCCAGGUUUGCUGCUGCUGCUGCUGCUGCUGCUGCUGCUGCUGCUGCUGCCGCUGUUGCUGCUGCUGCUGCUUCUGCGGAUGGCAAUGAUGCCGCCGCUGUUGCUGCUGCUGCAGGUAGCAUGGACAAGACCAGCAUGAGCAGGCUAGGGAGGUUGUGGACACUUGUAGAGCCUGACGAAUUGGGGAUGUUGACUGUUAGGAGUGUAGCCUUCCAUGCGGAAAGCAGCCGAGUUCUCGUGGGUCUAGACGAUGGAUCCAUCGAGAGCCAUCAAAUGGAUUCGGAGGGGAGGUUAAAGAAGAGCAGCAGCAACAACAACAGCAGCAGCAACAGCAGCAACAACAGCAGCAGCAACAGCAGCAGCAACAGCAGCAGCAGCAGCAGCAACGCCGUUCUAUCUGCUGGUGUUGACGGCAGCAUAAGACUUGUUGAUGGUAGCUCCUCCGGCGACCUUAUAGCUGCCCAUGGACCUCACGUGUCUGUGCUGCAGCUGCAGCAGCAGCAGAAGCAGCAGCAGCAGCUUGUUGGGCCAGCUGUGCUGCUGUCUCCUCCUAGCAGCGAGGAGACAGUUAGUUCUUUGCUGCUGCAGGCAGAGAAAAGGAGACUCUUUGUUGGUUACCAGGUUCAUCAGCUACUUUCUGAGGAUAGCGGUGAUUUUAUAAUAAGUGGAGGAGACAGCGGGACAAUCAAGGUAUGGCAGCUGCCUCCUGAUUCGUCAUUAACUCGUUGGGGUUUGCAUACACCGCAAACAGGAGAGGAAUUCUUAAAGAAUCAGGCAGGAUUAGGGUUUAUAUCUGAGCAGCAGCAGCAGCAGCAGCAGCAGUAUGUGCAGCAGCAGCAGCAGCAGCAGCAGCAGCAAGAAGAGGAGGAGGAGGAGCAGCAGCAGCAGCAUAUGGACUGGGGUGCGGCUUCACGCAGCCGCAAUAUAAACCCUAUCCUGCUGCAGCGCUACAGCAGCAGCUCUGAUGACGAGGACACUCCGCAGCAGCAGCAGCAGCAACAGAAGCAGCAGCAGCAACAGCAGGAGCAGCAACAGGAACAACCUCCUAUGCUGGUGCCACAUGAAGACAGCAGCGAUGAGGAUUUAGAUGAUUUACGCAGUGCCUUAGCCUAA